AUGGACAAAGAGGAAAGGGAAGCAUUGAUCACGCUGCUUAAAGAAUAUAAGGAUGUCUUCGCCUAUGAUUAUGACGAAAUGCCGGGUUUAGAUAGCGAUCUCGUGGUACACAAUCUAGGGGUAUCGCCCGAAUUCAAGACUGUAAAGCAAAGAAGCCGAGAGUUCUCUAGAGCCACUGCCCUCGCGAUAAAGGAAGAGGUGGAACGACUACUUACAGCUAAAUUUAUUAAGACGAUACAACACCCUACCUGGUUGGCUAACAUCGUGCCAGUAACCAAGAAAAAUGGGAAAGUCAGGCUCCACACGUCUACCCCCUAUUAUCCCAAAGGGAAUGGGCAAGCGGAGGCAACAAAUGAGACGCUCAUCUGCAUACUUAGUAGAAUAGUGCAUGAUCACCAUAGAGAAUGGCACGAGCAGUUGUCGAUGUCACUCUGGGCAUAUAGGAUUUCUAAGCGCAGUUCCACAGGAGCAUCACCUUAUUCAUUGGUCUACGGUGAAGACGCGAUCCUGCCCGCAGAGAUAACAAUCCCUUCUGCAAGAGUAGCAAUGGCUAGCCACACCACGCCAGAUGAGGUGAGCCGCUUCGCCCAUUUAGACACAAUAGAGGAAAGAAGAACACGGGCAGAGAGGUUCGCGGAAGCUUAUAGGAAACGUGCAGCUAACUACUACAACCAGAGUGUAAAGGAGAGAACAUUCAAGAUGGAUGAGCUGGUCCUAAAAAUCGCCCCACACGUAUAG